UGUCCCUGAACUUUUAUGAUUAUGUGAUUUAGAUGACUAGCCCAAGGACAUAUCACAGUAGGAGAACAGCCAGCACCUUCCACAGGAAGCUGCACAUGACAUAAGAUCCAGGAUGUUUAUUCUGUUUCUGCUGGGCACAGUCUUUCUGUUUUGCCCAUAUUGGGGUAAUCUUCAAGACCCUCCAAAAGCAGAGACUGAAAUAAUGUGUCAUAAAUGUAGAAAAUAUCAUCUUGGGUUGUGCUAUGAUGUCAUGAAAUCCUGCAGCCUGAAGUAUAAGCAGUCCUGUGCUGUUGAGAACAUCUAUAUACUUACAAGAAAAGGGAAGAGUAUGUAUCAUUAUUCAAAACUGUCGUGUAUGACCAACUGUGAAGACAUCAACUUCUUGGGUUUUGAAAAGAGGACUGAGCUUAUCUGUUGCAAGCAUAGUAACUAUUGCAACCUCCCUGAGGGACUCUAGUUCUACAACUCUCCUAGAUUUUUUAACCCACUACCCCCUUUUCCUGUUUUUCCAAACCUGUAUUUUGUUCUUCUCUUCUAACCAAUAGUAUAGAUGGAGAAGGCGGCUGACAGUGAAAAGAGAAGCAGGGAGGGCAGCCACGUCUCAUGAGUCAUGGAGCACUGGACUGAAUCUUUGCAAGUCUCUGUUUUAGUUUCCUCAUGGUGAUGCUGCCACGAGUAAGCUCAGACUUGGCCAUUUAUUAUCUCCUAUAUGAAAAAUGUGAAUACUUGGGGCAAAAUAAUCCCAAACUUGUCCUAAGAAUUCUGUGACCCUACUAUCCUCAUCUGCACACACUCCUCUGGGCUGAGGUUCUCCUAGGGUGGGCCCUAAUACUUCCUGGCACUAUCCUUUUGCCUUUGGGUUCUGAAGAGGGCUGACCCCGCCUUCCCAAUUUUCUGGAAACAAGAACCAAAUCGUUCUAAAUAGAUUCUAGUUAUCAGCUCUUUAUCGGAUGAGUAGCAUGUG